AUGCCACCGUUGUACUCCUCGAACCUGCAAGGGCACACGCGCGACUCGCUGGAGCUCGCGUCGCUCGCGAGCUCCGACCAGCUCGAUACAGCAGAAACCGACUCGCGCCCCAGUAUAUCGUCGUCACGGAAGCUGUCACUCGAGCAGGAUGACCCCCUGGACGCCGACAAUCCGGCCGCCAACGGCCGGCCCAUGGGCCACGGGCGUACAUUCUCAGUGUCCUCGGGCUUCGACUUUACCGCCAACCUCUUCCCGCUGUCCUCGACCACCGGCGCUGGCUACACCCCCAUCGGCGCCCCAGCCACGCCGGCGCAGAACGGCGGUUUGGGCGGAGGGUCCCUCGAGAAACACAAGACCCUGACGUACCUCAACGGGCUGUCCUUGAUUGUUGGUCUGAUUAUCGGGUCUGGGAUAUUCUCGUCGCCGAGCCAGGUCAACGCAAACGUCGGCUCGCCAGGCGCUGCGCUCAUUGUUUGGGUAAUAGCCGGGAUACUUGCUUGGACCGGCGCGGCCAGUUACGCAGAACUGGGGGGCGCCAUACCUCUGAAUGGAGGAUCGCAGGUAUAUCUGGCUAAGAUAUUCGGCGAGAUUUUUGGGUUCCUCUUUAUGUGGUCAGCUGUGCUGGUGCUGAAGCCCGGCAGCUCGGCCAUCAUCUCCAUCAUCAUGGGGGAAUACGUUGUCCGCGCUGCCAUUGGCGCAGAAGCGGAAACCAUCAACCCCUGGAUCAACAAGUCGGUGGGUUUGGCUGGGCUGUUUUUGGUUACGUUUUUGAACUGCGUCUCGACCAAGCUCGGGACAAGAGUGAAUGACUUGCUCAUGUUCAUGAAGUUUAUUGCAUUGCUAGGCGUUACGAUUACUGGGAUCGUUGUCGCAGCCACUGGCUACUCUUACUCAGGGAAACCGAACCUGGACUGGAAGAACCACGAGUGGUUUGAGGGAACCAAGACGGAGACUUCGGCAUGGGCGGUCGCCCUGUAUGCUGGCCUCUGGGCUUACGACGGCUGGGAUAACACAAAUUACGUGGUGGGAGAAUUCCGCAAUCCCAGCCGAGACCUGCCACGAGUGAUCCACACGGCCAUGCCACUGGUUAUCCUCUCGUACGUGCUGGCCAACAUAUCGUACUUCCUCGUGCUGCCCCUGGCGGCCACCAAUUCGUCAAACACCAUCGCCGUGCUCUUUGGCUCCAAGGUAUUCGGCCCGAUCGGGUCGCUCUUCCUGGCCCUGAUCGUCAGCGCGUCGUGCUUCGGGGCGCUCAACAGCUCCACUUUCACGAGCAGCCGCCUCGUCUACGCUGCGGGCAAGGAGGGCUACAUCCCUGCCUUCUUCGGGCGCAUCGGCGUGGGGUCGAGCGCGCCCGAGAACCAGCACGUGUCGACGGUGCGGACGCGUAGCUGGCUGUCGGGAGGGCUGGCGCGGCUGGUGGGCGACGAGGACAAGGGCCUCUUCUUCACGCCCAUCAACGCGCUGGCGCUCAACUGCGCCCUGACGACGGCCUACGUCGUCGUGGGCGAGUUCGACACCCUUCUGACCUUCUACGGCGUCGCGGGCUACUCCUUCUACUUCCUGACCGUCCUCGCCCUCAUCGUCCUGCGCGUGCGCGAGCCGAACCUCGAGCGCCCCUACCGCACCUGGAUCACCACCCCGAUCAUCUUCUGCUGCGUCAGCCUCUUCCUGCUCAGCCGCGCAGUCUUCGCCGAGCCCCUCCAGACCCUCCUCGUCAUCGCCUUCGUCUCCGCCGGCGUGCCCGUCUACCUCCUGCGCGUCAGGGGCAGCGCCCCGGCCAAGCGGCCCCGCGACUACGACGAGGACGAGUCCGGGCCGUGGUGGAAGUUCUGGAGGCGCUGGCGGAGCUGA